AUGUCAUCCGACCUGAGAAGGAUGCACCACGUUUCCCUCCACGUUUCCAACGUGGACAAAAUCACCAACGACUUGGUCUCUAAAUUUAAGUUCCACUUAAUCGCCACCAGACUGACGGACCGCAGCAGACAACUCGCCUUCAGAACCGGGUCGGUGAUUUUUAUCAUCAACGAGAGGGGAAGAAAUCAAAGCUCCGGAAACCCGGCGGUUCUAGAAGACGACGACGCUCUUUCCCAGCAGACGGGAUGCCUCUACGACAUCAGCCCGGAAUACCCGUUGGACACGGCGUGCAACGUGUGCCUGGAGGUGGAGGACGUGCACGGUUGGUUCCAUGCUCUUCAACGUCUGGGCUGCAGCUUCUUGGUUCCUCCGACCGCCGUUCGAGACCAGCAAGGUCAGGUCACCUAUGCAGUUCUUAAAUCCGUUCUCGGGAAUCUCUGCCACACGUUAAUCGACAAGACUAAGUACAAGGGGAGCUUUUUGCCUGGAUUCAACCUCGUGGACGAGAACCCCGGCACCUCUGGAGAUGACGGUCUUGUCACGCACAUGGACCACAUCGCCCUGGCGUGCCCCAUCGGGAUGAGCCCGCAGGUCAUGAGUUGGUACGGGCAGGUUCUGGGCUUUCAGAAGUACUUCAUAAACAGUAACGACAACAUGGAUGACGGUUUUGUCAUCAAUCAAAGCGGUAAAGGACUCCGACUGGCGGCGAUGCAGUACUCAAAAUGCAGUGAAACCGGUCUCGCCGUUUCCUGCGAGGAUAAACACGAACCGGACUGCAAGUUUGUUGUUGUGGAGUCGAUGCCUGGUGAAGGGAGGAACCAGGUGGACACGUUCCUGGAGGAGCAUGGAGGUGCAGGGAUCCAGCACAUCGGGCUGCACACCAGCGACAUCGUGUCGGCGACGCACACAAUGAUGGACGCUGGAGCGAGUUUUUUCUUGCAGCCCGCUGCCUACUACGCCCAGAGAGAAAAACAGCAGGCGAUCGUGGAUGCAGGAUACGACCCCCAGAAGUUGUACCAGUGUGGCAUCCUUCUGGACACGGACCCGGAAGAGGACCUGCUAGCCAGCAGCCAGGCCAGAAAAUACCUCCUCCAGGUUUUCACCCAGCCCCUCUUUGAGGAGGACACCUUCUUCCUGGAGCUGAUUGAACGCAGAGGGGUUAUCGGCUUCGGCGACGGCAACAUCCGGGCCCUGUGGGACUGUGUGCAGAUGUACGUGGACAACAGGAAGGAUGCUCCAGAAGCUGACCAGUGACGAGGAAGGCCAUUUUAAAUCUUGCGGAGAUAACACGUCGAAGAAUGUAUCUUGCAGAGUCACAUGUUAAGAUAUGCCUUAGUUCUUUGGCAACUACUCCAAAUCUAUGUGCCUUAGUUCUUUGGUAACUACGCCAAAUCUAUGUGCCUUAGUUCUUCAGUAACUACUCCAAAUCUAUGUGCCUUAGUUCUUCGGUAACUACUCCAAAUCUAUGUGCCUUAGUUCUUUGGUAACUACGCCAAAUCUAUGUGCCUUAGUUCUUCAGUAACUACUCCAAAUCUAUGUGCCUUAGUUCUUCAGUAACUACUCCAAAUCUAUGUGCCUUAGUUCUUCAGUAACUACUCAAUCUAUGUGCCUUAGUUCUUCAGUAACUACUCCAAAUCAAUGUGCCUUAGUUCUUCAGCAACUACUCCAAAUCUAUGUUCCUUAGUUCUUCAGUAAGUACUCUAAAUAUAUGUGCCUUAGUUCUUCAGUAACUACUCAAUCUAUGUGCCUUAGUUUUUCAGUAACUACUCCAAAUCUAUGUGCUUUAGUUCGUCAGUAAAUACUCAAAAUCCAUGUGCCUUAGUUCUUAAGUAACUAUUCCAAAUCUAUGUGCCUUAGUUCUUCAGUAACUAAUUUACUCAUUAGUAACGUUUUGUGUACCUUCUUGUAAAAUGAGAGCCACCCGGUUAUUGUAAGGUUGCUAAUGGUUUAUGGAACACAUUCAUACUCAAACAUAGUAUGAAAUAUAGUAUAUGGAACAUAUUCAUACUCAAACAUAGUAUGAAAUAUAGUAUGAAAACAUCCUCUCCAGGAUGUAGUAGAUUACUCCAGUAACAGUACUCCUUCAACCUGAUAACGUUAAACAAUAUAUUAAUAUGUUAAACAAUAUAUAGAAUAUAUAGAAAUACAGGUUUCUUGGCCAUAACUCCAAAAAUAUUCUAAUAAGUAUUACUAUUGAAGCCUCCUUCACGUAUUAAAGUGAGGUCUGGAAUAAAUCAACCAAGAUAAACGAGAGACGAGCGUGUAUGAAUGUACAACCCCGGAUGUACUUAUCGAUGUAUUUAUUUAUUCUUUAGUAUAUGCUUAUCACACUCGGCAAGACAGGCUGGUAUCUUGGUUUGUUUUUUCCUCUUUGGGGGCGUGGCCACAGGUGGGUGUGUGUGCUUACACACACGGAAGCGAUUAAAUGGCGCGCACGUGCGGAGAGAGGAAAUGAUGUGAUGUUUGUUGACUGUUUUGCCCCGUUCCAUACACUCCAUAAUCCGCAUAUGCAUAAUAUUUUCUGUCGUGCCGAUUGUAAUAAACCCCCUCCACACCACUGAACCUUAUUCAGCGUCAUCAAGACGAAGGACCCAUUCCGACCCCCUCAGCGGCUAAAAUGUACAAGCAGGCCGCCAUUAAGUCCACUAUCCACGGCAGCUAAGCCCCGCCACCACCGUGAGCUCACCUGGAAACAGAUGAGGCAGAUGAAGAUGGCUGAGCCCAGCAUGCUGACGGCGCACACCAGCGGGUCGGCUCGCUCCGUCUUCUGGCGGCACAGACGCGUGGUGGCGGCCCCGAUGAGCACGCCUAACAGGCCCGUGACGCAUGUGAUGGCCCCGAAGAUGAGACUGAAACGUAGAAGGGAUAUUGUCGUUCAUAUCUCCUUGGUGCCGCACGGCUCUGCGGUCUUCUGCACCACCUGAGCUCUGGCCAGGUAAAUGGGAAUCCACAUCCCGAACGCACCAGUGGCGAAGGACACGGCUGCGGACGCCAUGGAGGAGAACACGUAGCUCCGACUACACAGGGGAAAAAAAUUGAAUCAGUAAAAAUAAACUACAAUAGCGCUAAUUAUUACCGUAUUGUCUGGACUAUAAGUCGCUCCGGAGUAUAAGUCGCACAAGGCCAAAAAUGCAUAAUUAGGUCGAAAAAAACAUACAUAAGUCGCACAAGACCAAAAAUGCAUAAUUAGGUAGAAAAAAACCUAAGUCGCACAAGGCCAAAAAUGCAUAAUUGGGUAGAAAAAAACAUACAUAAGUCGCACUGGAGUAUAAGUUGCAAAAGGCCAAAAAUGCAUAAUUAGGUAGAAAAAAAAACAUACAUAAGUUACACAAGGCCAAAAAAGCAUAAUUAGGUAGAAAAAAAACAUACAUAAGUUACACAAGGCCAAAAAUGCAUAAUUAGGUAGAAAAAACCAUACAUAAGUCGCACUGGAGUAUAAGUCGCACAAGGCCAAAUAUGCAUAAUUAGGUAGAAAAAAACAUACAUAAGUCGCAUUGAGGUAUAAGUUGCACAAGGCCAAAGAUGCAUAAUUAGGUAGAAAAAAACAUACAUAAGUCGCACUGGAGUAUAAUUCGCACAAGGCCAAAAACGCAUAAUUAGGUUGAAAAAAAUCAUUCAUAAGUCGCACAAGGCCAAAAAGCAUAAUUAGGUAUAAAAAAAACAUACAUAAGUCGCACUGGAGUAUAAGUGGCAUUUUUUGCAGGUAAUUUAUUUUCCAAACUACUUGACCAAAACAGACAUUACGUACUCUUGGAAGGCAAGUUCUAACAUGAAUAAAAGAUUAAUAUUUUAAUAUGUCCAGUGUUUAUGUAACAAACACCUUCUUCAUUUAUAAGUCGCUCUGGAGUAUAAGUGGCAGGAACAGCCAACCCAGGAAAACAAGUGUGACUUAUAGUCUGGAAAAUACGGUAUUCGUAUUGAUAUGAUGAUAUGAUGAGGAGAGUCUAAAAUCAGCAUGAUUAAAAAAAAAAUGGCCGUGUGUGUUGUAAGGCGUCUUCUGCUGCUCGAAAUGAAAGCAUUAUUAAGUCACUGUCUAAGUCACUAACUUCACGUUGUGUUGUUCACCAAGGUUUAAAAACACUAGACAAUGUUUGAACGCUGAAUUGUGGCCAUGUGAAGCCUUAAAGCGUCUUUGACCAGAAGUGCUAAAUAAAGUGAAAUGCAGCAAGAGCUGACAGUUUUAUGUCGGGGACAAAAAUAACACGCCAUUAGAAACAGCGUCCAGACGUGCUGAAUGUAGAAGAUUGUGUUGCUCGACACUCGCGCUAUUCCUCAGAUGAAGAACAUGGCGCCUCACUUGGACUACACGUUGCAAUACGCCCCCACGGGAGGACUUUUUUUAAAGCUAUUUUAAGAAAUGUGGCGACCAAAAAAGGUCAUAUAACAAAAGUGACACACAUCCAAAGCUGCCCUCGCUCACGGU